CCGUCUUGCCUUGUGUGGGUGUGGAUGUUAGACUGCAGGAUGUGACGGGGUUGCAAGCGAACAGAGACGCCGCGGUUUCAGUUUUCCCCCAAAUCAUUCAGAUAGUUUUAAAGAGGGAUGCUAUCGAGGAAAGAGCGGCCGCAAAGAGGACAAACCAGUGCUUAAGGAGCAUCACUCUGCUGCAGACCCCACAGCCUGAAGCCACCCUGCCAAAUCUGAGAUCAUGUCUGGAACCUUUGACGAGCCCGCCAGUCAUGAUGAGAGCACAGACAGCUUUUGGGAGGUUGGGAACUACAAACGAACGGUGAAGCGGAUCGACGACGGUAACCGGCUCUGCAAUGAUGUGAUGAACUGCGUCCAGGAGCGUGCCAAAAUCGAAAAAGCCUACGCACAGCAGCUGACCGAGUGGUCCAAGAGAUGGAGGCAGCUGGUGGAAAAGGGGCCCCAGUACGGCACAGUGGAGCGAGCUUGGGUGGCAGUGAUGACGGAGGCAGAAAAGGUGAGCGAGCUUCAUCAGGACGUGAGGAACAACCUGGUCAACGAGGACUUUGAAAAGGUGAAGAACUGGCAGAAGGACUCGUACCACAAGCAGAUGAUGGGAGGAUUCAAAGAGGCCAAAGAGGCAGAAGAGGGCUUUAAGAAAGCUCAGAAACCCUGGGCCAAGAAGCUGAAAGAGCUCGAAGCUGCCAAGAAGUCGUACUUCAUGGCCUGCAAAGAGGAGAAGCUGGCGGUCAUGAGGGAGGAAAACAAUAAAGGAGAUGCCUCUGUGGCAGCUGACCAGCAGAAGAAACUUCACGAGAAAGUGGAGAAGUCCAGGCAGGAGUCACAGAAGGCAAAGGAGAAGUACGAGAAGGCCCUGGAUGAGCUGAGUAAGUGCACCCCUCAGUACAAGGAAAGCAUGGAGCAGGUGUUCGACACGUGCCAGCAGUUUGAAGAGAGGAGGCUGAGCUUCCUCAGGGAGGUGCUCUUGGAUGUCAAACGUCACCUCAACCUCACAGAGAAUCACAGUUAUGCCACGGUAUACGAAGAUCUUGAACGCACCAUCACACUAAUCAGCCCGCAAGAGGAUCUGAAGUGGUUCAACAGCGCCCAUGGCCCCGACAUGCACAUGAACUGGCCGCAGUUUGAGGAGUACAACCCAGACCUUACUCACCAUAUCUCCAAGAAAGAAAAGAAGAAAGGAAGUGAUGGAGUCACGUUGACUCAUGUCUCAACAACAGACCACGUUCCGGCCGGAGACACGGGGAGUGUGAGCAGCUACGAGAAGAACCAGGGCUUCACGGCUUCCACAGAGUGGUCGGAUGAGGACCAGAUGGCCCCGAACUCAGGCAACGACACCAACGGAGGGUCCAACCCCUUCGAGGAAGAAGUGAACAAAGGAGUGAGAGUCCGAGCGUUGUAUGACUACGACGGUCAAGAGCAGGACGAGCUCACUUUCAGAGCAGGCGACGAGCUGACGAAGCUGGAGGACGAGGACGAACAGGGCUGGUGUAAAGGUCGCCUCGACAACGGCCAGCUGGGUCUUUACCCGGCCAAUUACGUGGAGCUGAUCUAAGCACUCCGGCUGAACGCCGUCGCCUCGUACGUACGGGGGAAACCCAGACUGAACCGUCCGGUCAUGACUGCACAUUGCCAGAGACUUCAAAAGCAAAGCUUCCUCCUCCUGUCAGGCACAGUGAGCUGUCACCAUCCUCAUCGCGGUGGAGACUGUUCAGGAGCGCAUCGCCGUCAGAUUAUUCGACUGAAGCAAAAUAUUGUCGUCUCUCCCGUGUGUAGCUGUGUUUGACACGAGUUGUGAUACUAACAUGCCAUACAGUAUGUUCUGUCAUCAGGAUGUGGAUAUGGUAUCGUCAGUUGUGCCUCAGUAGCGAGAAUGAGCUAUGCAUUGUGCAUUUCAUGUAUAUAUUUUAAUCUCUUUUUUUUUAUGCAGUCUGGAUGCUUGUACAGUUAGUUUUCUCGUUGUGUUAUUUCAUUUUCUCCAGAUGUUUAGCCUCAAAGGAAUACUUAGGCAUUGUUGGGAAAGUAAACCCGUUCCUCUCGAGGGUUGGAGGAGAGAAAAACUGCUUUUACACCUCAGUGGAAACACGAAGGCACAGCCUGUUUUAGCUCAGACACUCAGUCCGUCUCCUCCAAAGACAAAGACACCUCCAACACUCCCACCAAAGGAGAAGAGGCCUGACUGGUUACACUUAACUUCCACAGCCUCAAAUUUUAGUCUCCCAGUGCAUCAAAUGGAAAGGCGCUUGCAAAAAAUAGAAAAUAUCCAGUAUUUUCUGAUGGUUUUUUUUUUUGUUUUUUUUUCAAUCUUUAUAAAGGAAAAAAAAACCAAUGUGAAUAAUAUUUAAUCUUGAUGGAGGAAGUAUAACUCCGCCACCUAAAAAGCACUUAAAGUAGGAUUUACUUUUUUUGUGCUUCACGCAGGUUUUGCGUCACUUUUUUCAUCCACCUCUAUGUUUUUCCCGAGUGCUGAACUUCUCUUUUGUUGGACUGACUGAUUUUCCAGCUCCAUCCCACAGCAUGCCACUAAAUUAACACUCGGAAAGGAAAUGAAAGUCAGUUCGGCAUCAGCAAAAACACAGUUGCUCUUUGAAAUGGAGAUCCAUUCUCUACCCAAGGAUUUCCUCGAUUAACCUCUGCUCUCCCGUGCAGCAGCGUGCCUGUUAUAUCCAUCUACUUCCAUCAUCUGCUCCCUCUGUACAUGUGUUGAUAACAGGGAUGCUGCGAGCCCCUGGAAAUGUAAAACUUGAAGCUGCUUUGUGUGGAGAUGCGCUUCAUUUCAAAACGUUUUUUUUAAUUUAUUUGUGGAAGCUGUUAAUGAGACUUGUUUACUUUGAGUGAAUGACAUUGACUCUCAGCUCUUAUCUCUGUGAUUAUGUGCAUGUUGAUGAUCCCACAAACUGUUUACUCAACUCAUCCAGCGCAUGGCCUUGAUUCCCCCCCACCCCUUCAUGAAAUUAUUGGCUGAAUAUCAAUUCAAAUGAAACUCCUACACUGUUGUAAUGUAAUGAUAAUGAGCCUAAUUCACUGUGUACCAAAAAUCCAGGCUGUAUUAAAUUUACUGUUUCUAUUUAAA